UGGUGACUCUGGUCAGAGGAGGUGGUGGCGACUCUGGUCAGAGGAGGUGGUGGCGACUCUGGUCAGAGGAGGUGGUGGCGACUCUGGUCAGAGAAGGUGGUGGCGACUCUGGUCAGAGGAGGUGGUGGCGACUCUGGUCAGAGGAGGUGGUGGCGACUCUGGUCAGAGGAGGUGGUGGCGACUCUGGUCAGAGGAGGUGGUGGCGACUCUGGUCAGAGGAGGUGGUGGCGACUCUGGUCAGUGGUGGUGACUGGUCAGCAUGUCCAAGGGCAGGUAGGGAGUCCCAUGUCAUCAAGGCAUCCCUGUAAAAUGUAUCUUCUUCCUCUGUAUUGGGGCUCUGCGAUGAAGUUUGAUCUUCCCUCAGAGGACAGUCCACAAGCCGUCCCACUCGGCGUGCAUAGCCUACAGUCCUCCUCUUGGGUCACCGUUGGUGGAAAACCAGCCAUGUCACCCUUUAUUCAAGUCAGUAUUCGACGUCCAUCUAUGUCUGAGGACGUCGAGCGAUGACAGGGAAACUGGCCACUAGGGGCAACAGUGAGCGCUGUUACCUUCAAGUAGGUUUUGGUUUUGCUAGGGUGGGGAUGGUGGAUGGGCGUAAACUUGAUUCAAAAGGUUGCAAGGUCGAAUCCAGCGAUAGAAAGUUGUUUUUGAUAUUUUAGUUUUAAGCCUACCCUAAAUCUUUACCCUUUCCAUCCGGAGUUAAAGUUAACCUUAAACGCUUCAGAAUUUGACUUUUCAGAAAGAAUGGAUAAACGUCUACUUGUGAUGCGAGACUGAGAGCUAGUUGGGAAAACAACCCAAAACCAGUAGGUUCAAUCUGAAUAAAACACCUGCUAGCUAGCAUUUUAAUGCAUUUAUGGGAAGGAAUCCAAUUCAUGAUAUCAAGACUUGAUCUGCACUCAUGUAGCUAUUGAAAAAAUUAAACGUUUGUAAAAAAUAAAUAUAUAUAUAUAUAUAUAUAUAUAUAUAUAUAUAUAUAUAUUUACAUAAAACCGAUUAAAUGUGUACAGAAUUUACAUGAGCUCUCUGCCUAGACUGCCAUUAGGCGCCACGGUAACUAUAGAUUGAACGUAAUAAUAAUUGAUUCAACAAUAAUAGGUAUUCAAUCACAUACAGAAAUGUUAGUGCUGUAGAGAAACAACAAAAAACAUCCAUCAUCAUCAUGAGUAGAUUGAUGGUCAAGAGAUUGAAGGUUGAGAAAGUUCAUGACUUGAGUGAGGUCAGCGGAGGCAGGUGGUGGUUAAAAGAGGAGAGAAGGCAGCACAUUGUCAUCAUGGUGUCUUUGCCAUCCAUGUUGUCUGUGGCUUCGUAGUAGGACUCAGUCAAAUUAAGUUAUUUGGACUAGCUAGCUAGCUACUGCUACCAAAAUACAGCGCCCACUUGGGUGAUGCUAUUUCAGUCACGAGGCGCAACUAAGCACAACAGGCUUCAAUAGUAAUCCAGGAGUAGCCUUACCGUUUGUGCCCUGUUUACAUAGUGCCGUAUUUCAUUACGCCGUACUUCAUUUCAAUAUUGUUCCGCUACAGGAUGGAGUGAGGUGGAGGAUUUCACAAUGCAAGACUAGAUGGAGAGCCUAGUGUCUCGUCAGGGAUUGAAUUGAUUUAGGGAGAUUGUAAAAUAUGGACUUUUCAUUCAAGACAGGGGAAACCUAUUGUUUCAGUUGAUAAUAAAACAUGCUUUGUUGAGUAAACUUUUCCUCAACUUGUUAAAUCAAGCUAGCUUACACCACAGCUAGCUAGCUAAAAGAUACGCUAUACUGUAGCUAGCGACCUCCACCUAAAAACAAACGUCAUUACCAUCAUAAAAACUAAACCCAUCGGCUGUGGUUUAGUAACAAAAUGUACAGGAGCUCUCUGCUUAGGCUGCUACUAGGGCACCAUGGCAACUAUAGUAGUGCACUAUAAAGAAUAGGGUGCCAUUUGGUACAUACACACAGUCCUCCCAGAGUCAUCCCAGUCCUCCCAUGGUCAUCCCAGUCCACUCAUGGUCAUCCCAGUCCUCCCUUGGUCAUCCCAGUCCUCCCAGAGUCAUCCCAGUCCUCCCAUGGACAUCCCAGUCCUCCCAUGGUCAUCCCAGUCCUCCCUUGGUCAUCCCAGUCCUCCCUUGGUCAUCCCAGUCCUCCCAUGGUCAUCCCAGUCCUCCCAUGGUCAUCCCAGUCCUCCCUUGGUCAUCCCAGUCCUCCCUUGGUCAUCCCAGUCCUCCCAUGGUCAUCCCAGUCCUCCCAUGGUCAUCCCAGUCCUCCCAUGGUCAUCCCAGUCCUCCCAUGGUCAUCCCAGUCAUCCCAUGGUCAUCCCAGUCCUCCCAUGGUCAUCCCAGUUCCUCCCAUGGUCAUCCCAGUCCUCCCAUGGUCAUCCCAGUCCUCCCAUGGUCAUCCCAGUCCUCCCAUGGUCAUCCCAGUCAUCCCAUGGUCAUCCCAGUCCUCCCAUGGUCAUCCCAGUUCCUCCCAUGGUCAUCCCAGUCCUCCCAUGGUCAUCCCAGUCCUCCCAUGGUCAUCCCAGUCCUCCCAUGGUCAUCCCAGUCCUCCCAUGGUCAUCCCAGUCAUCCCAUGGUCAUCCCAGUCCUCCCAUGGUCAUCCCAGUUCCUCCCAUGGUCAUCCCAGUCCUCCCUUGGUCAUCCCAGUCCUCCCAUGGUCAUCCCAGUCAGAGCCAGUAGGAUAUAUAAAUGUACUGCCUUCAGGAAGUGUUCACAUCACUUGCCUUUUCCCACAUUUUGUUGUUUCAGCCUGAAUGUAAAAUAUAUUACAUUGAAAUGUUUUGUCUCUGGCUUACACACAUUACCCCAUUAUGUCAAAGUGGAAUUAUGUUUUAUUUUUUAUGUUUACAAAUUUGUUAAAAAUGAAAAGCUGAAAUGUCUUGAGUCUAUAAGUAUUCAACCCCUUUGUUAUGGCACGCCUAAAUAAGUUGCAUGGACUCACUCUGUGAAAUAGUUUUUUUCCAUUAUUCGUUUUUUUUUUUAACGAAUACCUCAUCUCUGUACCCCACACAUUCAAUUAUCUGUAAGGUCCACGGGAGGUUGGUGGCACAGGCUCGUGGCAAUGGAUGGAGCGAAAUACCUGGAAUGGUCUCAAAUACAUGGUUUCCAUGGUUUCCAGGCGUUUGAUGCCAUUCCAUUGGCUCCGUUUCAGCCAUUAUUAUGAGCUGUCCUCCACUGGUAAAGUCCCUCAGUCGAGCAGUGAAUUUCAAACACAUAUUCAACCACAAAAACCAGGGAGGUUUUUCAAUGCAUCGCAAAGAAGGGCACCGAUUGGAAAAGGGGUCAAGAAACAAAAUGGAGACAUUGAAUAUCCCUUUGAGCCUGGUGAAUUACACUUUAUACCCAGUCACUGCAAAGAUACAGGCGUGCUUCCUAACUCAGUUGCCGGAGAGGAAGGAAAUCGCUCAGGGAUUUCACCAUAGAGGCCAAUGAUGACUUUAAAACAGAGUUUAUUGGCUGUGACGGGAGAAAACUGAGGAUGGAUCAACAACAUUGUAGUUACUCCACAAUACUAACAUAAUUGACCGAGUGAAAAGAAGGAAGCCAAUGUUACAGUUUUAGUUUUAAAUUCACUUGGAAAUCUAUGGCAAGACAUAAAAAUGUCUGUCUGAGCAAUGAUCAACAACCAACUUGACCUAACUUGAAGAUUUAAAAAAAGAAUAAUGUGCAAAUAUUGUACAAUCCAGGUGUUCAAAGCUC